AUGGACGCAUUGCUGGAAAGUGAGCUGUCCGCCGAGACGCUGGCCGCGCUACAGGCGCAUCUCCUUGGGCGUCACCACGAAGAGGAUGCCCCCGUAUCGGAGGAUUUCCGUCUCUCGCAAUUCUGGUACGACGAAAAGACCGGCCGCGCGUUGGCACAGGAAGCCAUCGAUCACAGUAGCAACGAACUCAAGAUUGCCUUCGUAAGCACACCCGCGGCCUACCGCGAUUUUCUUAAAAUUCAGAGCGAGGAGGAGGACGAGGCCAAGCGCGCCGUCAUGGGUGACAACGUCUACAUCUUCGAGUACGACCGUCGGUUCGGUGAAAAGUACGGAGAUCACUUUUGUUUCUAUGACUACAACGCGCCUACGGAUCUACCCGAGAAAUUCCACCACUUUUUCGACUUCGUAUUGAUGGAACCCCCGCAUCUGAGCCCUGACUGCUUGGAGAAGUUCUCCGAUACGAUGCGAUGGCUAUCCAAGGACGUUGAAGCCGUACCCGGCAAGAAAGAUCGCGUCGUCAACCCGUCUACAUUCAUCAACUCUCAACUUUUGCGGAAGGAGAUGAAAGCGGACCUGGGAUUCACCCCCACGGGAUUUUACCCGAGCUUUGAGUCGAAAUUGUCCAAUCAUCUCCUCACAUACACCAACUACGAGUCGGAGCGAUUUGGUCCUUGCGAGGAGCCUGACGAUGAGGACGAUCAGUAG